UGGAGCCCUCUUUAGUGUUUCCAGCACUUCAUAAGUUUCAGAGAGAUUUAGGGCAAGGAGCCAGAUGUUUAGGGAGAAAUUCUGAACACUAAAGACAAGUGGAAAUUUUUUUUUUUGGGUAGUGUGUAUUUUUUCCCAUUAGUUGCAAGGCUAUAUUUAGAAGAGAGCCAGGGAGAGAGAGAGAGAGAGAGUGCACGAAAGAGAUUAAGAAUUUCUUCAUAUUCUGUAGUCACUCCAGUUGAUCUUCUUGUUGGAACAGAUGUCUCUUCCCAGGGCUGAUAGCAUUCAGGUCCACAAGGAAAUUGUCUCACCAGAAGCUCCUCUAACAUAGAAGUGAGAUCAAGCCAGAGACCUCUAGGAAAUCAGUGACCAUGCCAACCUCCUCCACUCAAGUGCCAGCCCUUGACUCUAUCAACUCCACCAAGCAUCCCAAUUCCAGCAUCUACUUGUUCUCCAAGUUCAUCCACCCUGACAAAGAACUGUACACAGAAUUUUACAGCCUGUGGAUUGCCCUGAUGGUAGUAAAUGCCAUUAUUUUCCUGGUGGGUGUUGUGCUGAACAGCUUAGCCCUGUACGUCUUCUGCUUCCGCACCAAGACAAAAACCACCUCUGUUAUUUACACCAUCAACUUGAUUGUUACUGAUCUCUUGGUGGGCUUUUCCUUGCCUGUCCGGAUCAUCAUGUUCUACAGUGCAGGGGACUGCCUGAAUUGUUCCUUGGUUCAUAUCUUUGGUUACUUUGUCAACAUGUAUUGCAGCAUCCUCUUCUUGACGUGUAUCUGCGUUGAUCGCUAUCUGGCAAUCGUACAAGUGGAGGCCUCACGUAAAUGGAGGAAUCCCACCUGUGCUAAAGGGAUCUGCGUCUUCAUUUGGGUCUUUGCAACUGUUGUGACUUUCUCUAUCCUGACUAUGGCAAUACAGUUUGCUGAGUGCUGCCUCUCCAAGAUUCUGGUCCUGAUGGUCUGCGAGUACUUCUUCCCCCUCAUCAUAAUCAUCUUCUUUACCACAAGGAUUAUGUGUGCUCUGUCCAAGCCCAGUCUCAUGCACCAAAGUCGAGAGAGAAGAAUGAGGGCUGUGCAACUCCUUAUCACAGUCCUCAUCAUCUUCAUGAUCUGCUUCACUCCUUUUCACGUGCGUCAGGUAGCAAUUUCCAUCAACCCAGACAUGCCUCAUGAUGUCAGCCUCCUCGUCUACCAUGUGACAGUGACUCUGAGUAGCCUCAACAGCUGCAUGGACCCCAUUGUCUACUGCUUUGUCACCAAUAACUUCCAGUCCACCAUGAAAAACAUCUUUAGGAAAACUGAGCCAGGGCAAAACAGUGUGGACAUUCUGUGUAUGAACAAGAACUCCAAGGGCUCCAAUGCAAUCAUGGCUUUCUCAAACACAAUAGGAAGCCCUGUGAGCUUGCCAUCACCAAGCAGCAUCCAGAUGUAACCCACAUCUGAUGGGACACACUGCAGUAAGCCAGUGUAACGAUGCUGGAAUACUACUAGAAUGCACCACAUUGUGGUCUUUGACCUUUUUGUCUUUUAGACAGAGGUUCAGAAUGACAGUGGUGGAAUUUAUUCCUCUAGAACAUUGUGGUCUGUUUGGGAAAUGGAACUUGCAGUGCUGUUAGUACAAAUACAAAAGAGAAUCUAUUAAUUAUUGUUCCCAACAGGAAAGUUUUCUUUGUAUUUUAAUACAGACAUUUUGCUAGCACAUUCUUUAUUGUGGUUUGCUUUUCAUGUUCAACAUUGUAUCAUAACACUCCUAGAUUACCUAGAAAGCAGGAAAUCUUUAUUUUCUAUGGAAGCUUUUGGGCUUUGGGCAUGUACUUAAGAGUAAAGGAUAAGAGGGAUGUUUCCAGAAGUAUCCAUUACAGAGAUUUUAUAUGCAAAUGGAGUGGGAAAGAAAGUAUUCUAGCUUACCUGUCACUAGUAACUACUAAUUUGUUUCUGAAAAGGUUUCUUGCCUUCUCAAGAAAGAGGAUGAAAUCAAGCAGUAAAGUCUUCUUUCACUAUUUCAGCUAUAAGAAAAAAAAGUACAUGUGGGCGUAUAUGCUUUCAUACACAUUUUCAGGGCUAGGGGAAAGGUUAAGGAUGUGUUCCGCCUUCAUUUGGAUCACUAAAUCCCCUGAACUGUGGACAUGCAUACAAAAAAGCUGUGAAAAUGAACAUGCUCUCCAGCAUAUUCUGCUGUUCUGCUCUCUCUUCUGACAAACAGCCAAGACGAAAAGCAGAACUAGACUAUGAUGCUAUACUACUCUUGUUUGACUUUCCUUCCUGGCAUGUUGUGAAAUCAGGGUUUGCUCUCCCACUAUCAGUCCAUCCACUCAGUCACUUAAAUGCUACUGCUUCCAAGGAUGGCAAAAGAAUCCAUCUCAGGUUGAAAUUCACUCCAGUAGAAAGUUAUUAGAAUUAUUUGAGUGCCAUGUUUAAAAGGUAUGUGAGGCUAUGGGUGCCAGAAACUUCUGUCUACAGCAAUGGGUAAAUGUUUAAGAUAACAUUGUACCA